AUGGCGGGAUACAGCUCAGAGAUGGCAACUCCCUUGGGAUGGAGGAAUUGGGCAAAUUUGUUGGCGUAUUUGGUGAACUUGGGCUUGACCUAUGGAUCCUUGACAGGCAUUUUCGGCCAAACCAACACGGCUCUGAGCCAAAAGUACCAGACCUUGGUGACUCCAGCGGGCUAUGCUUUCUCCAUUUGGGGCCCCAUCUUCAUUUGGGAAGGCAUCUUCGCAGUGACACAGAUGUUUCCCUCGUUUCGAUCCAACAACGUUAUCACUUACAUGACACCAUGGUGGAUCGCUGCAUGUACCUUCCAAUGCUGCUGGACCCUGAGCUUCGCCCAAGAGUCAAUCUUCAUCUCCUUCUGGUGCAUGGUCGGCAUCUUGCUGUCGCUGCUGGGUGGAAUCUAUAGAACAGACCUGCAGCCCCACAGCAACAAAGAGUUCUGGCUCUUGCGAGCACCCUUCUCUCUGCAUGGAGGUUGGAUAGUCGCUGCCAGCGCCGUGAAUUUCUGCGUUCUUGCAGAUAGGUACCAGGCUUCUCCUGAGGUCAUGUUGGCCUUCGCCAUGCUUUCCUUCUGCGCCAUUUCCAGCAUCGUUUGCUUGAUGACCUUUGCUGCCCCCCGGGCAGAUGCCAUCAUUGGUUUGGUGGCUUGCUGGGCACUGGCAGGAGUUCGAUCAGAGCUGGUGAAGGCAGAGAACCUUCGCCGUCCUACCCGCUACAACUUCUACGAUUGGCCCGAAGUGGAUGUGUCAGCGGUGCGACUCUGUGCCCUGGUGUUGAGCUUGGUCUGUCUCUUCCUGGCUGUGGUGGCCACCCUGCGGAGGAUUGCCCCUAGGAAGUCUGCACCCCUGGAUGCCUUCGAGAACCGAGCCCUGCGCGUCUAA